AUGGCUUUUAAGCCGGCGGUUUGGUAUUGUCAGCCGGUUGAAAAUGGAGUAUGGACAAGAACAGUUCAGAAUGCCUUUGGGGCUUACACUCCGUGUGCGGUUAACAAUUUGGUGAUUGGUAUUUCUCAUUUGGUGGUUUUAGGAUUGUGCGUCUACCGCAUAUGGUUGAUUAAGAAGGAUUCCAAAUUCAAAAGGUUUUGUUUAAGGUCAAAUAUCUACAAUUAUGUUCUGGGGAUUUUGGCUGCAUAUUCUGUGGCUGAACCUUUAUACAGAUUGAUUAUGGGAGUAUCAGUUCUAAAUUUAGACGGGCAGUCUCAACUUGUUCCGUUUGAGAUAACUUCACUGAUUGUUGAGGCUUUUGCCUGGUGCUCUAUGCUGAUUUUGCUUGGGAUUGAAACUAAAGUCUACAUCUAUGAAUUCCGAUGGUUUGUCCGAUUUGGUUUGAUUUAUGCUGUUGUAGGGGAUGCUGUUAUGUUCAAUUUCAUCAUUUCUGUCCAGCAACUUUAUAGCAGAUCUGUGUUAUAUUUGUACAUCAGUGAGGUGAUCUGCCAGGUUUUGUUUGGAGUACUUUUGCUUGUGUAUGUCCCUACUUUGGAUCCUUAUCCGGGCUAUACCCCCAUUGGUACUGAAGUUGAUACUGAUGCUGCAUAUGAAGAACUCCCUGAAGGAGAGCUGAUAUGUCCUGAAAGACGAGCUAGCCUAUUGUCAAGGAUACUUUUUUCUUGGAUGAAUCCCAUUAUGAAACUAGGAUAUGAAAGACCACUUACAGAGAAAGAUAUAUGGAAAUUAGAUACAUGGGAGCGGACAGAGGAAUUGAAUAGCAAAUUCCAGAAAUGUUGGGCCAAGGAGUCUGAGAAACCAAAACCUUGGCUUUUGAAAGCAUUAAAUGCAAGCCUUGGAGGAAGGUUUUGGUGGGGAGGCAUUUUCAAGAUUGGCAAUGAUCUUUCCCAAUUUACGGGCCCACUUAUAUUGAACCAGCUUCUACAGUCCAUGCAAAAUGGCGAUCCAGCAGGAAUGGGUUAUAUUUACGCCUUCUCAAUUUUUGUUGGAGUGGUCUUUGGGGUGUUAUGUGAAGCUCAGUAUUUUCAGAAUGUCAUGCGUGUUGGUUAUCGUCUGAGAUCAACGCUGGUGGCUGCAGUAUUUCGCAAGUCUCUAAGGCUUACCCAUGAAGCACGAAAGCAAUUUGCAUCUGGAAAAAUAACCAACUUGAUGACUACUGAUGCUGAGUCACUUCAGCAAAUAUGCCAAUCACUUCACACUUUGUGGUCAGCUCCCUUUCGAAUUACUAUUGCUAUGGUUCUUCUUUACAACGAACUAGGCGCUGCUUCCCUCAUUGGUGCUUUGUUGUUAGUUCUCAUGUUUCCAUUACAGACAUUAAUCAUCAGCAGAAUGCAGAAGCUGUCUAAGGAAGGGUUACAACGCACAGACAAGAGAAUUAGUCUCAUGAAUGAAAUUUUGGCUGCUAUGGACACUGUAAAAUGUUAUGCGUGGGAGAGUAGUUUCCAGUCUAAAGUAACAAAUGUACGAAAUGAUGAAUUAUCAUGGUUCCGAAAAGCAUCAUUACUUGGAGCGUGUAAUUCAUUUAUCCUAAAUAGCAUUCCAGUUUUUGUAACUGUGAUUUCCUUUGGAGUGUUCACCUUGCUUGGAGGGGAUUUGACACCUGCAAGAGCUUUCACAUCACUUUCUCUGUUUGCUGUUCUUCGAUUUCCUCUCUUUAUGCUUCCUAAUAUUAUAACUCAGGUGGUUAAUGCAAAUGUAUCGUUGAAACGUCUGGAGGAGUUGCUCUUAGCUGAAGAGAGGAUACUUCUACCAAAUCCACCUCUUGAACCAGGGUUACCAGCCAUCUCAAUCAAGAAUGGAAACUUUUCUUGGGAUGCAAAGGUAGAGAGCCCAACAUUGUCAAACAUAAAUUUGGAUAUUCCUGUUGGUAGCCUAGUUGCUGUUGUUGGAAGCACGGGAGAAGGGAAGACAUCACUCAUAUCUGCAAUGCUUGGAGAGCUUCCUCCAAUUGCGGAGUCAACUGUUGUCAUGAGAGGAACAGUAGCUUAUGUACCUCAAGUUUCAUGGAUUUUUAAUGCAACUGUACGGGAUAACAUUUUGUUUGGUUCUGCUUUUGACCCAAUAAGAUAUGAAAGGGCAAUAAAUGUGACUGAACUGCAACACGACCUAGAGUUACUAUCUGGCGGUGAUCUUACUGAAAUUGGUGAAAGAGGAGUAAACAUCAGUGGUGGUCAGAAGCAAAGAGUAUCUAUGGCUAGAGCUGUCUACUCCAAUUCUGAUGUGCUCGUCUUUGAUGACCCCCUAAGUGCUCUGGAUGCACAUGUGGCUAGACAGGUUUUUGAUAAAUGCAUCAAGGGAGAAUUGAGAGGGAAGACUCGAGUUCUUGUUACAAAUCAGCUGCAUUUCCUUUCACAGGUUGAUAGAAUCAUUUUGGUCCAUGAAGGUAUGGUGAAGGAGGAAGGGACUUUUGAAGAGCUCUCUAGCCAGGGGUUUCUCUUCCAGAAGCUGAUGGAAAAUGCGGGAAAAAUGGAAGAGUACGAAGAAGAAAAGGUAGAUAUUGAAGAUACUGAUCAAAAGUCCUCUUCAAAACCAGUGGUCAAUGGAGCAGUUAAUGAUAAUUCAAAGAGUGAAAGUAAACCCAAAGGAGGAAAGUCUAUCCUUAUUAAAAAGGAAGAACGGGAAACAGGUGUUGUCAGUUUGAAUGUUCUAAUCAGGUACAAAAAUGCAUUAGGAGGCGCUUGGGUUGUUCUAGUACUAUUUGGAUGCUAUUUCUCAACUGAAGCAUUACGAGUGUCAAGUAGCACAUGGUUAAGCCACUGGACUGAUCAGAGUACUGUAGAGGGUUAUAAUCCUGGUUUCUACAAUCUCAUAUAUGCAGUUCUAUCAUUUUGUCAGGUUUUGGUGACUCUAACAAAUUCUUACUGGUUAAUCAUAUCAAGUCUUUAUGCUGCCAGAAGGUUACACGAAGCCAUGCUUCACUCCAUCUUACGAGCUCCCAUGGUCUUUUUCCACACAAAUCCACUCGGAAGGGUCAUCAACAGAUUUGCAAAGGAUCUUGGUGACAUUGAUCGUAAUGUGGCUCCAUUCGUGAGCAUGUUUUUAGGUCAAAUAUCCCAGCUUCUUUCGACCUUCAUCCUGAUAGGGAUUGUAAGCACAAUGUCCCUGUGGGCAAUAAUGCCAUUGCUGGUAUUAUUCUAUGGAGCAUAUCUAUACUACCAGAGCACUGCUCGUGAGGUAAAGCGAUUGGAUUCAGUUAGCAGAUCUCCUGUUUAUGCACAAUUCGGGGAAGCACUAAAUGGUCUAGCAACAAUUCGUGCUUACAAAGCUUAUGAUCGAAUGGCCGAUAUAAAUGGGAGAUCCAUGGACAACAACAUUCGGUUCACGCUGGUGAACAUAAGCGGAAACCGGUGGCUUGCAAUACGAUUGGAAACCCUAGGAGGCCUUAUGAUAUGGUUCACUGCAACUUUCGCCGUGAUGCAGAAUGGCAGGGCAGAUAACCAGCAAGAAUUUGCAUCCACCAUGGGAUUACUUCUCAGUUACGCUUUGAAUAUUACCAGCUUGCUCACUGGUGUGCUCAGACUUGCAAGUUUGGCCGAGAAUAGUUUAAAUUCAGUUGAGCGCGUUGGAACUUACAUCGAUUUGCCUUCAGAGGCUCCUUCUGUUAUUGACCAUAAUCGCCCUCCCCCUGGGUGGCCUUCCUCAGGCUCCAUCAAAUUCGAAGAAGCUGUUCUUCGCUACAGACCCGAACUUCCUCCUGUGCUUCAUGGCCUAUCUUUUAAAAUUUCUCCAAGCGAUAAGGUUGGCAUUGUUGGGAGGACUGGAGCGGGAAAGUCCAGCAUGCUAAAUGCCCUGUUUCGAAUCGUGGAAUUGGAAAAAGGGAGAAUAUUAAUUGAUGAUUAUGAUAUUGCAAAGUUUGGGCUUGCUGAUUUGCGGAAAGUUCUUGGCAUUAUACCACAAUCUCCUGUUCUCUUUUCAGGAACUGUGAGAUUUAAUCUUGAUCCAUUUACUGAACACAAUGAUGCUGACCUCUGGGAGGCUCUGGAGAGGGCACAUUUGAAGGAUGUGAUACGUAGGAAUUCUUUGGGUCUGGAUGCCGAGGUAUCUGAGGCAGGUGAGAACUUCAGUGUUGGACAAAGGCAACUGUUGAGUCUUGCCAGGGCUUUGUUGCGGAGAUCAAAGAUUUUAGUACUUGAUGAGGCAACUGCUGCGGUUGAUGUUAGAACAGAUGCACUCAUACAGAAAACAAUCAGAGAGGAAUUUAAAUCCUGUACAAUGCUCGUUAUUGCUCAUCGCCUCAACACCAUCAUUGAUUGUGAUCGGAUUCUUUUGCUUGAUGGAGGCAAGGUUCUUGAGUAUGAUACCCCUGAGGAGCUUCUGGCAAAUGAAGGUAGUGCUUUCUCCAAGAUGGUGCAAAGUACAGGAGCUUCAAAUGCCCAAUACUUACGCAGCUUAGUACAUGGUGGGGACAAGACAGAAAGAGAGGGGAACAAACAUCUGGAUGGUCAGAAAAAAUGGCUAGCUUCUUCUCGGUGGGCUGCUGCAGCCCAGUAUGCUCUUGCUGUCAGUCUCACUUCGUCACAGAAUGACCUACAACGAUUGGAAGUAGAAGAUGAAAAUAGUAUUCUCAAAAAAACAAAGGAUGCUCUGCUAACUUUGCAGGGUGUUUUGGAAAGGAAACAUGAUAAAGAAAUUGAGGAAUCUUUAAACCAACGCCAAAUAUCCUCUGACGGAUGGUGGUCAUCGCUUUACAAGAUGAUUGAAGGUCUUGCUAUGAUGAGCAGAUUGGCAAAGAACAGUCUCCAUCAUUCAGACUACGGUUUUGAGGACAGAUCAAUUGACUUCGAUCAAAUCGAUAUAUAG